CUACAUUAGCCCACAACACUAUCAAAUAAUCAAUGGACUGGCGCGGGAAUGACUAGCGCAAGUUUGAGCAUUGUUCGUCAACAAAACAACAUCGCCAGCACCUCAAACUUUGACUCUCGAACAUCUUUCCCACCACACCACACCACAAUAACACAUACACAUACAACACUAUAACCUCUAAUCUCCAAACACUCUACCAUGGACGCUGCGCCUCAAAAGAUCUAUAUCAAGCGCAAGCGCGACCAACUAGCUCCGGACGCACUGUACUACGACCCGGAAAGAGCUUUCAAGCGACCAAGAGCUGUUCCUUACGUCUUUAAGCGCCUGGCAGAUCCUCAAAACUCGCAAACGGAGAUCAAACCCGUUGUCCUGCCAGGACCACGUCAAUUCCACCUCACACGCCCUACCGUAGCCACCUCACGCAAAAGACGCCGUGCUGGAGAUGACCUGGCAACAUUCAUCGAAAUCCCCAACGAUGCCUCAAAUACAUCAGAGCAAAGCGGUAUUCCUACCAUCACUACGACACAGGACGGCGUUACCAUACCUGCAACCUCCACUCCACUCAAGCGCCCAAAUAUGCGCAUACAGAAGACCCCAUCAAUAGCAAGCCUCAGUUCCAGAUCCUCUACUACACCCUCAGAUGCUACCGUUGCCGCGCUACAAGCCAUGGCAGACCAAGUUAUAGCAACUGAAGCCUCUACGGCCGCGUCAAAGCUGACGACACCCACGCCUAGCCCACGACCUCUCAAAUACCAACCCAUAAUCCCAAAACACCGCACGCGCAAAGCACCAAGCAGCCCUCAACCCGUCCCUAUUCGAAUCCCUUCUCUAGCGGAUCCAGAGCCCCACAAGAACCCAACCACUUCAGAGGAUGCCAUGGACGUGGACGAUUCCUCCGAGUACGUCAUUGAGACGUACGUUCGACACGCUGCGCCAGCUGAUACUCCAAUUCCCUCAGAUGCUGGCUAUCUCAUAAUAUCGAAGAGCGAGGAGGAGCUGUGGGAGAGCUACCUGGAGGCGGACAUGCCAAGUAGCGACGAGGAAUUUGCCAGCGACGAAGAAGACGAGAAUGCAGAGGGCUGGCACGGAGCGGACUAUCCAGACGAUGAGCUCAGCGAGGACGACGAGAUGGGCGAGGGCGCAUACCAGUACUGGGCAAAGAAGAAGAAGGGGAGUGACGCCGGAAGCGAGGAUGACGAAAACGAAGAGGAGUGGGGCUACGGCAGCGAUUUUGAAGGCGAGGAAGAAAGUUGGAGGGAGAAGUGGAUCUAACGGCAUUGCAAAUCGGGCUUUUAUUUACCCUACUGUUUUGAUACUGCGUGGCUUUGGCUGUUUGUUGGGCGAUACGGCCAUUGCAUUUCUAGCGGCGGAGAGUAUCCCUGCGGGGGGUUUGCCUAGUGUCUGGAUUGCUUGCAUUGGGUUGUAUAGCAGGGAGUAUACCCUGCGUGGGUUUGGAACAGAUUAUUUGUGUGUACGUAUGUAGGGGACUGCAGAUCUGGCUGCAGGG